AUGGAGACGGUCAAAACGGCAAUUGCGGAGAAUCUUGGGGGCGUCUCUCACAAGUUGGCCAAUCAGGAAGACCAGUUUGACAUCAACAAAGAUGUGCCGGACCUCUCUGGCAAAGUUGCUCUGAUCACCGGCGGCAGCGAAGGCAUCGGAUAUGCGACGGCCUACACGCUGCUGAAAGCAAACCUGUCCAAGAUCUUCAUUGUGUCGAUGAAGGAGGACGUCAAGGACAACGCCGUGGAGGAAAUUCGCCAGAACCUUGGAGCCGAGUACGCCGACAAGGUCGUCUGGUUGCAAUGCGACCUGUCUGACUGGCCGGCUGUGACGGAGGUCGCAAAGCAGGUCCGCGACCAGACGGACCGGCUGGAUAUCUUGUGUCUCAAUGCAGCGCGUGGGAUCAUGACCUAUCAGCUGACUGACUAUGGACUCGACCGACAUAUGGCGAUCAACCAUUUCGGACACGUCACUCUGACCUCGCACCUGCUGCCGCUGUUGAAGAAGACUGGCGACAAGGGCACCGUGCGGAUCCAGGUGCAGUCGUCGCGAUCACACGCAGAUACCCCUAAAGACGUCAAGUUCGAGUCGCUUGACGAACUCAACACCGACCUGGGCGCCAACGCGCAGUACGCCCGCUCGAAGCUGGCUGUUUUGCUGUACACGCGAUAUUUGGAUGCCCACCUGCACAAGGAGCACCCGAAUAUCCUGAUCAAUGCGACGCAUCCUGGAUUUGUCCAGACGAGACAAUCGAUGAAGGACAUCAAGGAGCCGUAUCCCAUCGUUGGCCAAGUCAUGCCUUUGGCCGUCAGUUAUAUUAUGAAGGAUAUCUGGAUGGGCUGUGUGAGUACGGUGUAUGCGGCGACCGCCGCGACCAAGUCCGGCCAGUAUAUCUGCCCACCAGCCAUUGCGGAACCGGGGAGUGAGCUGGCGCAGAACAGUGAACUGGGCGAGCAAUUAAUGAGACUGACGCGCGAGAUUGUCAAGGAGAAAUUCGGCGUGCAGAGCGUGGACAAGGGCUGUCCAUUGAAGGAUUAUUAG